GAUACACACAGAACUCGCCUUCCCAUCUGCACUGUGUUUAGGUGUCCGUCUUCGUAUCCUCGGCAGUAAGAUUCGAAGCCACGGAGGACACGGCGAUGCCACGGACACAAAAAUCUGAUAUCGUUAGAGGCGACAAACCAUACGAGCGGAAGUCGUUCUUUCCCAUCCGCACAGUGUUUAGGAGUUCAUCUUCGUAUCCCCGCUGGUACGAUUUGAUGCCGCAGCGGAGAUGGCGAUGUCGUGGAGUGCAUGGCGGGGCCAUGGACGAGGUGCCUUGGCCUUGGGCGAUGUGGCGCCGUCUCAGUCUCACGCUUGGGAUGUUUGUAGGUUUCAGCUGUGGCAAAGCCAUGUAUCUAGUCUCAUAUGCGCACCUGCCCUUCGCGCCAGUCAACGAUGGCGCGUGGCAGGAAAGCAGAAGCCGCAGAGCUUCGACCUUAGCAAAACUCGUCAGCCUUGGCGCCAACAUGGCCACCGAUUCCUGUGGAACAAGCGUUAGGGUGGAGGCGCAUGCCUGCCCCGCCGAGCGUGACAGCCGGACGGUGUGGGGUAGGAGCGAAGAGAGGGGAUCAUCGUGCUGGGUCCGAGGCAGCGCCCUUGGCCAAGGGUCAUUUGGGCGGGUGGAUCACGCGCUUGACAGACGGUCGUGCGCGGUGUUUGCCGUGAAGACCGUAGCCAUUCUGCCGGAGGCUGUUUGCGGGCCAGGAAGUUCCUCGGCGUGUGCGUCGAUGGCCGAGCUUCGUGCAUUGGAGAACGAGAUCUCCAUUCUAAAGCGGCUGGGUUCGUCUCCUCACGUGGUGCGCUACCUUGGGGACGACUGGACACAUGGUCAGGACGGGUCAACGGAGCGUAACCUGUUCCUAGAGCUGGCGAACGGGGGAAGCGUGGCUGACUUCUCGAAGCGUUUCGGCAGAAAGCUGGACGAGUCCAUGAUCCGGCGAUGUUGCCGAGGGAUAUUGCGCGGAUUGCAGCACGCGCACUCCCGAGGAGUUGUGCAUCGGGACGUCAAAGGGCAGAACGUCUUGCUGAUGGUCGACGAGGAGGGUGGGGUAACCGCGAAGCUGUCUGACUUCGGGGCUUCAUGUUGCGUCUGCGGGGACCCUGGUGAUGACGUCGACGGCCCAUCGCAAGAUUCCUCCGCUGCGAAGGCAACUGAACCGCAGGAGGAAGGCGGCGAUUGUCCAGGACGAUCUGUAGACCUUGCGGGCACCGUUCAGUGGAUGGCUCCCGAGGUAGCCAGCCAGAGCGGCACGCUGUCAGCGGCUUGUGAUAUCUGGUCGUUAGGGUGCACGGUGAUCGAGAUGGCUACCAGCAGAGCACCCUGGUCGGACGUGGGGGAUACCAUGUCAACGCUGUUCCGCAUCGCGUGCACCAACGACGUCCCUGCUUUCCCCCCGCAUGUGUCAUUGGAGGCCAAAGACUUUCUGUCGAAAUGCUUGGUCCGAGAGCCGUCCGGCAGGUGGUCUGCUUCGGAGCUCCUUGAGCACCCGUUCUUAAAGGACGCUGGAUACGAAGCAUGCGCUUGUUCGCGCCGCCGGCGAAGCUGUGUGAGCGCGGUGGAGGGAAAGGCUCAUCCGGUUCGUCCUCGGGCACGCGCUGAUCGAGCCCGCCGGGCGGAAGGUUUGAUCUCGUUACCUCUGGGUGGCGGGAAGAAAACUGCGUUGGGGUAUGAUGCCGUCAGAGGUGGUGGUGAGAUGUGCGGAAGGUCGGAAAGGGAGGGGUCAACGAGCGUUUGUCGUUUGCUCGACGCUCAAGAAGAAGAAGAAGAAGAAGAAGAAGCCUCUCCUCGGCUAGUAUUUGAUCUUCCCACAUCCUCUGUGUCGGAGUUAUCCAUGGUUGCUGCAAAAUGCGCUGGGUUAGUGGCGGCGCCAUUUGGUGAGAGGAACCAAUCAAGCUGCCCUGAUGUCCACGUGGAUGGCUUGGAAUGGGACUCCGGUCAUGGCGUCGACAAGGGAGUUGGAGAGAUAGCUGUAAUAUUGUCGCUGUUAAUUGAGCGCCAGGAUGGCGAAGCGCCUGUCGAGGGACACCUUUGGCGGCAUUGCGAUCCCGCGACGGCAGAGGAAGACCUGUCAUUGAAUCAGGAAGCAUUGUCCCGGUGUCAAAGACCGCUCGCGGAUGAGUGUUCCUCAAGUCACUCGCUGCUACGUCGGUCAUCAAUAACGGAGAUGCAUGGAGACGUCUGCGAUCGUUCAGGCGCUGGCGUUGAGGACACGGCACCGAUGGAGAAAGCAGCAUUGUACCGUUAUUUAAGAUUUGCUGUUCUCCUGGCGAUGUUGCCGAGGAAUGAGAAGGGUAUUGUGCAAAGACUCUCAUUGGAUCUGAACAGCUCGAGCUCGUGCCUUCAAAUGGUCACUGAGGAUGCGUAGCAGUGAGGUUUCCAUGCAUUAUGGGUGAUCUAGAUGUUCUCAUCGA